UAUAACUACAUAAAGUGUUUUCCCGUGAAGAUUUUAUUUUUAAAAAAAUGAAUUGUGUUUGAAUCAAUUUUUAAAAUAAUGUGAAAGAAUGAAUUCAUGUUGUACCGAAGUGAAUGAAUUUUUUCCUACUAUUUUUCUUGAAAUACGAAAAAAUUGCCAUCAAACCAGUUCGAUUAAACAAAUGCAACGGAUCGGAAAACAGGAAUCAAAUUAAAAUGACAAAGGAAACUGCGGAAAAGUAUGUGAUUUUCGAUACAGACAUGGGAUGUGACGAUGCCUGGGCAUUGCAGAUGAUGCUCAAAGCGGAAAAACACCUGAAAAAUUUGAAAUUACUUGCGAUUACAAUAGUCAAUGGAAAUACAACCGUUGAGAACGCAAUAAAAAAUACGUAUCGCAUUUUGGAUGGUCUCGAUCGAACGGAUAUUCCAAUGUACAAAGGAGCCACCGAAGCUAUAAUACCCGGUACGCUCAGAGUGGGUUCUUUUCACGGUGCCAAUGGAUUUAGUGAUGUUGAAUUUUGGCAUCCGAACGUUUAUCCAAACGAUAUAAAUACGUUGGUGCAACGACAGCAUGCGGUCGAGAUCAUUCGAGAUCUAGUUUUGGAGCAUCCACAUAAAAUAUCACUCAUUUGCCUGGGGCCACUGACCAACAUUGCACUGGCCAUUAAAACAUACCCACAGAUCCGGGACAAAAUUGGCGAUGUAUACAUUAUGGGUGGGAAUUUCAAAGGCAUUGGAAAUGAAACGUCAUGUGCUGAAUUCAAUUUUUACAUGGAUCCUGAAGCAGCUCAUAUUGUUUUCGACCUACUCAAUUGUCCCAUCAUUAUAUUACCAUGGGAGUGCUGUCUUCCACCCAGCAUCGAUAUCUCCUGGGAAUGGAGGAUUAAAACGUUUGCCGAUGUCGACUGCAAAAACAUACAACUAUUGAACGAAAUCGAUAGGAUUGCCUACCGAAAUUGCAGUUCAUUUUUGCCAUGCGAUGCAUUUUUGACAGCAGUGUUUGUAUUCCCAGAGAAGUGUAUACAAACCAAAAGCCAACAUCACGCUACAAUCGAAUUGCAAGGAUUCCAUACUCGCGGACAAAUGGUUUUAGAUCAUAAACAAAGGAAUAAACACAAUGUUACCAUUAUUGAAACAGUUUACGAAGAGGAGGUGAAGAAAGCUUUGUAUUUUACCGCAACUUCUUAGUAGCCAUGAAUUGUUGACCAUUAGUAAUUACAACUAUUAACCAUGAAUUAAAACUGACUGAAAUUUUGUGCUUUAUUGGACGAACAUAUAUUUUUUUUGUAUUGACUACAAAUUAAAAUGUUUAUACGAUAUUUACGAAAAUAAAAUAUGAAAUGACAUUAA